UUCCGGUUGCGCUGACCGUACACUAGGGUUUCCUUAUUCCCUUGCUUUUUUGUGUUUUCCCUUUUGAUUUCUUGCAGCUGUGAGGUAGCAGCACUCUUCAUUCCAAGCGCCGCAGCAAGAGAAAUCUUCACUGAUUUCUCACUUUCGAGUUCUUCACCGCCGUACGGAAACUGGUGGCAAAGAUGGACACCAUCAAGCACUUAUCUUUUCCAGCUGAUGCCCCUCCUCUCUCGGUCAUCGUAGCAUUCAAACUUGCAGGAAUUUCUCUGCUAACUGAAACCACCGCUGCCGUACCUACCUUGAUCUUCUCUGAUGGGCGGAAAUUGCACGGUGCAUAUGUACUUCUUCGCUAUAUUGGUCGGCUUGCCACCAUUCCCCAUUUGUAUGGCAUAAAUUACUAUGAGUCUGGCCAGAUUGAUGAAUGGCUGGAGUAUGCACCCACCUUUACAUCUGGUUCAGAAUUUGAGAACGCAUGCAACUAUGUGGACAAGUUCCUAGGGACUCGUACAUUUUUGGUUGGUUAUUAUUUAUCCAUUGCAGAUAUAGCAAUCUGGUCAAUCCUUGCCGGAACCGGGCUGAGAUGGGAAAGCAUGAGGAAAUCAAAAAAGUACCCAAAUCUGGUACGAUGGUUCAAUUCAAUACACACAGAAAAUAGCAAUUCCUUGAACGAAAUUUUAGCGAAAUAUGUAGGCAAGAAAGGCUUGGGAAAGCCAGUUGCUGUUAAAUCAAAAGAGGAACAAGAUGUCAAUCUCAGUGUUCAUGGGAGUAUUUCUGAGAAGGGGAAAACAGGCAGCCGGCCAUCAUUUGAGGUGGAUCUUCCAGAUGCUGAAAUUGGAAAGGUCCGUUUGCGAUUUGCACCAGAGCCAAGUGGUUUUCUUCAUAUUGGGCAUUCCAAAGCAGCACUAUUGAACCAGUAUUUUGCUCAGCGUUACCAAGGUCAACUGAUUGUGCGGUUUGAUGAUACAAAUCCUACAAAAGAAAGCAAUGAGUUUGUAGAGAAUCUCUUGAAAGAUAUUGAGACUUUAGGUAUCAAGUAUGAGGUUGUUACAUACACUUCAGACUACUUUCCUGAGCUGAUGGAAAUGGCUGAAAAAUUUUCCGUCAAGGCAAAAGCUUACAUUGAUGACACGCCACGAGAACAAAUGCAAAAAGAAAAAAUGGAUGGCAUUGAGUCGAAGUGUAGGAACAGCAGCAUAGAGGAGAAUUUGAAAUUAUGGAAGGAAAUGAUUGUGGGAUCUGAAAGGGGUUUGCAGUGCUGUGUUCGUGGGAAGUUAGAUAUGCAAGACCCAAACAAAUCUCUUCGAGACCCAGUCUAUUAUCGCUGCAACCCUGUUCCCCACCAUCGGAUUGGUUCAAAAUACAAGCUGUAUCCUACAUAUGAUUUUGCUUGUCCAUUUGUUGAUGCCAGGGAAGGGAUCACUCAUGCUCUUCGGUCUAGUGAAUAUCAUGACCGAAAUGCUCAAUAUCACAGGAUUCAAGAGGAUAUGAGAGUAAAGAAAGUAUAUAUUUAUGAAUUCAGCCGCUUGAAUAUGGUUUACACACUUCUCAGUAAGCGUAAGCUUCUCUGGUUUGUUCAAAACGGAAAAGUUGAUGGUUGGGAUGAUCCUCGCUUCCCAACAGUCCAAGGGAUUGUACGCAGAGGUUUGAAAGUUGAGGCAUUAAUACAAUUCAUUCUUGAGCAGGGAGCAUCAAAGAAUCUGAAUCUUAUGGAAUGGGACAAACUUUGGACUAUUAAUAAGAAGAUUAUUGAUCCCGUGUGUCCCAGACAUACAGCUGUCAUUACAGAGAAGUGUGUCUUGUUAACUCUAACUAAUGGUCCUGAUAAACCAUUUGUUCGAAUCAUACCAAAGCAUAAGAAGUGUGAAGGUGCUGGAGAGAAGGCAACCACAUACACAAAGAGCAUAUGGAUAGACCAAGCUGAUGCUGCAUCCAUCUCAGCAGAUGAGGAAAUAACCUUAAUGGAUUGGGGGAAUGCCAUUGUGAAAGAAAUUAUCAAGGACCAGGAUGGAAAUAUCAGCCAGCUGACUGGGAUCUUACAUCUUGAAGGAUCUGUCAAGACUACAAAAUUGAAGCUCACAUGGCUUCCUGAAACAAAUGAAUUGGUUAACCUCACAUUAAUGGAUUUUGACUAUUUAAUAACAAAAAAGAAGCUUGAAGAAGGGGAGGAUUUUCUUGAUGUGCUGAACCCUUGUACGAAAAAGGAGACUGCAGCACUAGGAGAUUCCAACAUGCGAAACUUGAAACGGGGUGAGAUACUGCAGCUUGAAAGGAAAGGCUACUUCAGAUGUGAUGUUCCCUUUGUAAGACCUUCCAAGCCUGUUAUCUUGUUUGCAAUUCCUGAUGGUCGGCAACAAACCUGGGUGAAGUAAGAGUUUUGACAGGUUGUUGAAACUACGAGGACUUGUAUGCAUUUGAUAUUCUGAGAUGAAAAUUGGAGGUUUCCAAUACUUCCAAGCAUUUGAUCUAACUUUGAAUCGAAAUUGGUCAUCAUACACAUAUGGUUGAUCUUUUUGUAUCAAAUUAAAUUGAAGUAUGUUUUUUUUGUUCUUCUUUAGCGGUAUUGGAUUAUCGAUUAGGAUACGGAGGGAAGGAUCAUCUGAUUAGCAGUUAUUUGACGUUGUAUUUUGCAGUGUAGAUAAUUUAUAAAGCAUGUAUACAAGUUUUACAUUUUGCUCGUCAGACUAUUGGAAUAUAUGAUUGAAGAUGCUUGAGAAUUCUCUGCGCU